AUGUCAAAUAUUGAAUAAGCAAAAAGAAGAAGAUCGAAGAGAGGAGAAUUAUAAGGAGAUUUUAAAUGUACAUAUGAUGGAUGUGGAAAGGAAUAUUUAAGUUAUCCAGCACUAUACACUCACAUCAAAUCAAAACAUGGUCCAGAAUAUAUUAGUGAAAUGUAAAGACCAAGAGGAUAAGGGAGCAGAGGAAGACCUAGAAGAGACGAUGUAAAGUUUUAUCUUAUCUAGUUAAAUACUAACUAAGCCAUAGAAUAACCACCAUUUUAUUUAAAAGUACAAAUAGAAGCUAAACAAUCUAUCGAUGAUUUUUUACUUGAUUUGGUUGGAGAUAAAUAUAAACAAAUUCUUUAAGCAGAAGCUGACAUGAUUUCAAAGUAUAAAUCCCAAUAUUAUUUCGUUAGUUAUGAUUUAGAAAGUAGAAUUAAUUAAGUGUUUUAAUUUAUUGAAUCUAAUAUAAGCAGUAAAAUUGAAGAUGAUUCUUUUAUGAUCACUUUUGCUGAUGUUUUAAAAAAUGAACAUAGAUAUGAAGCUGAAAAUGAUAUUAUAAAAAUUGGAUGUGAUGAAACCAUAUGCCUCUUUAUUAAAGAAUUAUCUUACACACUUAAUUUGAGAUUUUUACAAGAAAUAGCAUAUUUUCUUUUAAGUUUUAGAAAUUAUAUAUUUAACGAUCAUAAUAUCAAAUCAUCUUCUGCUCCAUUAUAAUUUGGAGAUUUGAUGAAUAGUUUUAUGCAAGAAAAAAGUAACUAUUUUAAUGAUACCCAAUUAUAAUAAUUUUAUACCGAACUUCAAGACUAAGAUUAGUAUUUUUUAAUUGUAUGAUAGAAUAUAUUUAAAUAAAGAUAAAAGUGGAAAAUUGUAAAGAAAGAUUGGGCUUCAUUUUUGCACUUGGUUAUUUCAUUCAAGAUAUACUAGAUAAUUAGUGUAAUUAAAAUGAAC